AUGGCCUUUCAGAACGUCUCAUCGCACAAGAACAUCCUACCGGUGAAGGACAUCCGAUACGAGCGCGGAUUUCUGUACAUGGUGACACCAAAGUGUGACAAGACCCUCAACUCAUUCAUGAUCCGCAGGUGGACAAAGACAAGACCGAAACGAGAAAUCGAGAGAUCUCGACUCAUGGAUUCAUCUCGAUCUGUGUUGUCAUGCAGUGGUCCUCUCAGCGAAGCGCAGGCAGCCGAGUUGUUCGGUCAGAUAUGCGAGGGGGUGCUGGCCGUGCACAUGUCGUGAGCAGGAAGAGAUCAGUCUUGAGCAUCCCUUGCAACCCUGACACACAUGACCGACCGGAUGUGCUCUCUUGUCACAGGAAUCUCAUCCACUGUGACCUGAAGCCAGAAAACUUCUUCAUGCGCGGCGGCACCGUCCUGCUCGCCGACUUCGACCUCUCCUCGAUCAGACUCACCUUGGCCCGAUCUGGAUCGGGGGAGGAGAGUUCGAGCGAGAUGGGCAACAGACUUUGCCCAGGCGGUGUCGUGUGGGGGCGGUUGGAGGGGUGCUGCUGCUGUUGGCGGCAGAAGCCUCUCCACCGCCCUCAGGCGACGACAGGACCCCCCCAGCAGCCCCACCAACAGGAGCGACAAGGCGGCCUCGGGCUAGGGGGUGAGAUCUAACACGAGGAUGGGGUGGAUGGGCAGCUAGGCCACACUACUCACCUCUCCGUGUGCCGAAUGGAUGCCUUUGCCUGUCUGUCAGGGGAUGACACGGACGAGGACGGGGAGAGUGAGGGCGAGGGCAAGCCCGGCGAGCACCAGCAGCAGCGGCCGCCACAGCAGCCCGCCCAGGUAACACGAAGACGCACAGACAGAGCCCAGCGUCUCAUGGCCCUUUCUGUCCCUGCCUGCUUUCAGGUCAUCGUUGUCUACAUUUUAUAUUCUGACGGCGAUUGUCUUCAAUGCCCCGCGCACCAACAGGACAUGUAG